CAAGGCUAUCUUCAGUAGUGUAUUUUGUAAGCAAUAUCAAAGAAGCCUACAAUAAAAGAGAAUUAUACACUACACAAUGAUCGUUUUGAAUAAAAUAGUUAAUAUCAUAUAUUAAGGUCAUAUACUUUCAUUCUGUACAUUAUUCUCGAAUGUAAUAAAAUAAUUACAAAGUAUUCAUGUGACACAGACACCGAAAUGUUUUUAAAAGUUUUUAUUUCUUUGUGCGCUUUUAACUUAAAUUACGCCUGGGAGGUACCAGCAAAUUUUGCAAACACCGGCCACUCGAAUAAUUGGGCAGUAUUAGUCGAUACUUCACGUUUUUGGUUUAAUUAUCGUCAUGUUGCAAAUGUGUUAUCUAUCUAUCGCAGUGUCAAGCGUUUAGGAAUACCGGAUUCGCAAAUUAUUUUGAUGGUAGCAGAUGAUAUGGCAUGUAAUCCAAGAAACCCUAGGCCGGCUACAGUGUUCAAUAACGUCAAGCAACAUAUUAAUGUCUAUGGGGAUGAUGUAGAAGUUGAUUAUAGAGGCUACGAGGUCACUGUAGAAAAUUUUGUUAGACUGUUAACUGGUAGAUUGGCACCAGAAACACCAAGGUCAAAGAAGUUAUUAACAGAUGAGGGAUCUAAUAUUUUGAUUUAUCUUACUGGCCAUGGUGGAAAUGGAUUUUUGAAGUUCCAAGAUUCAGAGGAGAUUACUAGUCAGGAACUUGGAGAUGCAUUGGAGCAAAUGUGGCAAAAAAGAAGAUAUCAUGAAAUCUUGUUUAUUGUAGAUACUUGCCAAGCAAGUUCAAUGUAUGAGAAGUUCUAUUCUCCAAACAUUUUAGCCGUUGGUUCUAGUUUAGUGGGAGAAGAUUCACUUUCUCAUCACUUGGAUCCUGCCAUUGGUGUGUAUAUUAUAGAUCGAUAUACAUACUAUGCAUUAGACUUUUUAGAAAAUGUAGAGCCAUCAAGCAGCAAAACCUUGGGAGAGUUUCUCAAAGUAUGCCCAAGGUAUUACUGUUUAUCAACAGUAGGAGUAAGGAGAGAUUUGUUUAGAAGAGAUCCUGACAAAGUACCAGUCACAGAUUUCUUUGGAUCACUAAGACCUAUAGAAUUAACUACCAGUAUAAUGAAUGUUUUACCUGUUAAAUCAAACAAAGUAAUAACAGAGAAAAAAUAUUCUUAUGUUCAACAAUUUCCAGAUCUAUCACAGUUUAUCUAG